GAGCCCUCCUCGCCCGCCGCCGCCGGUUCCAAGUCCCGCUUCUGGCGGAGGCGAUCAGGAAGCAGCGCAUCCGGAGCUCCGGCUGCGUCGAGGCGCUCGGGCGGCUGGCUGCCCUUCGCCGGCCCCGCGCGGCUUCCUCGCUCCCCUUCGCGCCGGAGGAGCUCGAGCGGGGGAGCCCUCUCGCCUUUCCCCGAAACUCCCGGGCGUAUCUUGGUGGAUUUGUCGAGGGGCCCCGACGGGAGGGGAGAACUUGCCCCGAGGGACUCGGAGAAGCGGCUGGAGGCUUGGCUUCGCCCCGGCCCCGCUGGCUGGCGUCCGCCCGGGCCCGGGAGGGAACUUUUGUCCUUCCUGCCGAGCUCUCCGGCCCGGCGGCGGGGCCGGGAUUGUUGGAGAUCGCGCUCAGAAGUUUAGUUGGAGCCGGAGCCGCUACUGGGCGGGGUAGGGCGCGGGGCGCAUUUGGGUAGCUGCGCUCGGGGCUCUUUUUUGUGCUUCUCCGCCUGUGUUCGGCGCGGCGAUGAAGCUGAGCCGGCAGUUCACGGUGUUUGGCAGCGCGAUCUUCUGCGUGGUGAUCUUCUCGCUCUACUUGAUGCUGGAUCGGGGCCACCUGGACCACCCCAAGAACCACCGCCGCGAAGGCUCCUUCCCCCAGGGUCAGCUUUCAAUACUGCAAGAGAAAAUAGACCACCUGGAGCGCUUAUUGGCAGAAAAUAAUGAAAUAAUUUCAAACAUAAGAGAUUCUGUGAUCAAUUUGAGUGAAUCUGUCAAAGAUGGACAACGUACUCCAGAGGCUAUAAACUUCAGUCAAGGAAACUUCUCUGAGCUGUCACCUCUUGCCACUAUGUACCUCUCAGUUGACCCUGAAGAUUGUCAGUUUGCAUCAAAAAGUGGAAGCCAAGCCUCAGAUGUACAGAUGCUAGAUGUCUAUGACAUUCUUCCUUUUGAUAAUCCAGAUGGUGGAGUUUGGAAACAAGGAUUUGAUAUCACCUAUGAUGAACACGAGUGGGACAGUGAACCUCUUCAAGUUUUUGUUGUGCCUCAUUCACAUAAUGAUCCAGGCUGGCUGAAGACAUUCGAUGACUACUUUAGAGAUCAGACGCAGCAUAUUCUCAAUAACAUGGUUCUAAAGCUGCAAGAAGACAAAGGGAGGAAAUUUAUAUGGUCUGAAAUCUCUUAUUUUUCCAAGUGGUGGGAUGGAAUAGAUAGUCAGAAGAAGGAUGCUGUGAAAAGGUUAAUUGAAGAUGGACAGUUUGAAAUUGUAACAGGGGGAUGGGUCAUGCCUGACGAAGCGUCUGCUCAUUAUUUUGCUAUAAUUGACCAGCUGAUAGAAGGGCAUCAAUGGCUUGAGAAGGCACUAGGAGUGAAACCAAAAUCUGGUUGGGCAGUUGAUCCCUUUGGACAUUCACCAACCAUGGCUUAUCUUUUGAAACGCACUGGAUUUUCCAAUAUGCUUAUACAGAGAGUUCAUUAUUCAAUUAAAAAGUAUCAUGCAGCCCAGAAGACACUAGAAUUUUUCUGGAGACAGAAUUGGGAUUUGGGAUCUAAUACGGAUAUACUCUGCCACAUGAUGCCUUUUUAUAGCUAUGAUAUUCCUCACACUUGUGGACCAGAUCCUAAAAUUUGCUGCCAAUUUGAUUUCAAGCGCCUUCCUGGAGGAAGAGUCAGUUGUCCCUGGAGAGUUCCUCCUGAAGCCAUUCAUUCUGGAAACAUUCAGCACAGGGCAUGGAUGAUUUUAGAUCAGUACAGAAAGAAAUCGAAGCUUUUCCGCACCAAAGUUUUGUUGGCUCCACUGGGAGAUGAUUUCCGCUACACUGAGAGUUCAGAAUGGGAUCAGCAGUAUCAAAAUUAUCAGAAGCUUUUUGAUUACAUGAAUUCUCACCCAGAGUUCCAUGUUAAGGCUCAGUUUGGGACUUUGUCAGAUUAUUUUGAGGCUCUCCGUAAAGCUAGUAAUUUGGAUGAAAAGAACAGUAAUUCAGUGUUUCCUGUUCUGAGUGGCGAUUUCUUCACAUAUGCAGACAGAGAUAAUCAUUACUGGAGUGGAUAUUUUACUUCACGCCCCUUCUACAAACGCCUAGAUAGGAUUCUAGAGUCAUAUUUAAGGGCUGCUGAAAUUCUUUACUCCUUGGCUCUUGUACAGUCUAAAAAAACCGAGAAAAUGAAAGUAUUUCCUUUGGUGGACCACUACAAAUUACUAACAGAGGCGAGAAGAAACUUGGGACUUUUUCAACAUCAUGAUGCUAUCACAGGAACAGCUAAAGAUUGGGUUGUUGUGGAUUAUGGCACUAGGCUAUUCCAUUCGUUAAUAAAUGUGAAGAAAAUUAUCACUGAUUCUGCUCACGUUCUUAUUCUAAAGGACCAAGAAACGUAUCGUUACAACCCAUCAACCCCAUUUCUUACAAUGGAUGAUGCGCAGUCUACACAGGACUCUUUGCCACACAAGACUGUCAUAGAACUGAGUAAGCAGCCAAGGUACCUUUUGAUUUAUAACCCUACAGAACAAGAACGCUCAUCAGUGGUUUCAGUCUACGUGAAUACACCUCGAGUUAAAGUAUUGUCUCCUUCUGGAAGACCAGUUGUAGUCCAACUUACCGCAGUAUGGGAUGGAGCUGCUAAAAUAACAUAUGAUGCAUACCAGAUUUCUUUCUUGGUUCGUAUACCACCCUUGGGUUUUGGAGUUUACCAGCUACUGGAGGGUCUGAGUUCUGAAGUUGCAUUGGCGGACUAUAAUCUCUAUCAUAACGACAAAGCUAAGCUAGUCAAGCCCUAUAGAGUUUUCAACGUUAAAGAGAUACAGAAUGCUCUGGAUGAGAUCAUGCUAGAGAACUCUUACAUGAAAGUCUGGUUCUCUGGGAAUUCUGGGCUUCUUGAGAAAGUAAAUACAAAAGAAAAUAAUAAAAAUCACCGUGUCAAGAUGGAAUUUGUUUGGUAUGGGACUACAAGUAACAGAGAUAAGAGUGGGGCUUAUCUCUUCUUACCGGAUGGAGACGCCAAGCCCUAUGUUUUCUCUGAUCCACCUAUCAUACGAGUUACACAUGGGAGGAUCUUUUCUGAAGUUACUACUUUUUUCCAUCAUUUGACACACACAAUACGACUUUACAAAGUUCAUGGGCUUGAAGGUCAGUCUCUUGAGGUAUCCAACAUUGUGGACAUUAGAGGAGAAUACAAUCGUGAGAUUGCAAUGCGGAUUUCAUCUGACAUAGAAAGCCAUAACAGAUUUUACACUGACCUCAAUGGAUACCAGAUUCAGCCUAGACAGACAAUGAGCAAAUUGCCUCUUCAAGCAAAUAUUUAUCCAAUGGCAACAAUGGCUUAUGUCCAGGAUAGCAAGAUACGCUUGUCUCUUCUUUCUGCUCAGUCUCUUGGCGUUGCAAGUUUAAAAAGUGGCCAAUUAGAGGUCAUCAUGGAUCGCCGACUUAUGCAGGACGACAAUCGAGGUUUAGGACAAGGUGUACAAGAUAACAAAAUCACAGCUAAUCUAUUCCGAAUUCUGUUGGAGAAAAGAAAUGGAGUAGAUAUGAAAGAAGAAAAAUCGACAGUCAGCUUUCCUUCUCUCCUUAGUCAUAUAACAUCAUCUUUCAUAAAUCAUCCUUUGAUUCCAAUGAUUACCUAUGCAGACAUCGGCAUCCCAUCGCUGUUGAAUACCUUUUCUCCAUUAAUGUCAUCCAUGCCCUGUGAUAUGAAUAUAGUUAACUUAAGAACCAUACAAUCAAAGGCAGAUUCUGGGCCAUCUGAGGAAGCAGCCCUGAUUGUUCACAGGAAGGGAUUUGAUUGUAGGUUCACAAGCACAGACCUGGGCCUCCUCUGCUCUACAACUCAGGGAAAGCUAAAGGUGCACAGACUCUUUAACAAGUUCCAUGUGGGAAGUCUUAUACCUACAUCCUUAUCUUUGAUGCAUUCACCUCCAGAUGCCAGAAACAUUAGUGAAAUCAGUAUGAGUCCUAUGGAGAUAAACACAUACAGAAUUCAGCUGAGAUGAAACUUGACCUUUAGAACGCAAAUGCUAAAGAAGAAUCUGCAACUUUUCUCAAAGAUUGGUGUGCAAUAAGAAGCACAUUUCUAUUCCAGCUUCUUGGAUACUGUGACAGUACAUUCACUCUAGAAUUUAUUUGAUCUCCAGCACAGUAAAAAGCCAUGAUGCAAGCAAGCAACUUUACCAUUAACAAAAUGCCAACAUCAGUAUAAGAAGUGGAAGAAAAACAAAGGAUAUUUUCAUCGACAUAGUGAAUCUCAGGUUAAAUGUUAGUUUAUGGCUUCUAAGUUUAUGAUUUUUGUGUUUGAAAGGUUGGGACUGUUGAUUUUUAAAUGGUUUUCUGAUCUGUAAUUGGGUCUUAAAUAAUUACAUAUUGUUGAAAUCCCAGAUAGUACAGUCUGGAAUUAAAACCCUGAAUAUGCUCUGGCGAAGCUAUUGUCCAAAUACUUGUAAAGACUUCUAUAAGCGACAGUUACAAUUUUGUUCCACAUGGAGUCUGCAUUUAUCCCACUCUAGCCGUAGAGUGAAAUCCAAGAGCCUUUGAGAAGUGUGGAAAAUUAUAAUCACUUGUUCUACCAUCUUGAAGUGGCAGAAGUUAAAAUUCCGGAAUUUUAGAUUCAUCUUUCUUGGAAAUGUCAAACAAACUUCUGUUUCGUUACUUGACACAUUGGGAUAUGUGCAAUUACUCCAUUAUGAAGAGUAAAGAAAGUUAAGUCUAUAAUUUCAUGAAUACAAGAUUUUUUUACAGAACAUUUGGAUACUAAUGCUCUCUGAAAGCCUUUUUCUAUUUCAAUAUUUCAAUAUCAAAAUAAAUGUGCCUUAUUUUUUGAUACAUCUUGUUACUCUUUUGGUGUCCAUGUAGUGUUUUUUGGGGGGAAGGGGGGAAGGACAUUAAAACACAUAUUUUUUAUUUGACAGUGGUGGUUACAUUCCGUUCUCCUGCACCAAAUUUGUUCUGGUGGCGGUGGUCUGAAUGCUCUAAUUGAAUGUAGAAAAUGAUGUAAUGAUUUAAAACAAUGGAAGAAUAAAUAAUACUGUAAAAUUCAUCUAUCAGUUAAACUGCAACAUACACAUAAAUUUAAAGGUGUGCAAAAGCUGCCAUGCCAUGUAUAUUGUAGCAAACAGUGCAUUGAGAAUCAUGUGCCUAUAUUUUUAAAAUGUCACUGUACAAACUUAAAUGUCCAUGCUUAUUUUGCUAAUGUUUGUUACAUAUUUCUGAAGAUGCUAUUCCUCAGUAUUUCUGCCUCCAGUAUUUUACACUGAGUUCUUGAAGCCAUGGGGAUUUAAAAAUUCAACUUCCCUAAAUAAAGUUACUGUUUACUAUUAGCAACCAGUAAAGGCUGCAAUCCUAUAAACACCUAGGGGCAUGUUCCAUUGAACCCAAUGGGACUUGCUCCUGUGUAGACAUAUGUAGGAAUGCACUGUAAAUUGCAAUUCUGUAUGAUUCCAGUUCCUUUAACCUUCACCUUUUUUUAAGUUUUGCUGAUACAUAAUUUCCUCUGAAACUAAUAUUUUAAUGGGGGAAUGGCUUUUAUAGUCGCACAUUUUUGUACUGUAGUAAUCUGAUCUAUGCCAUGUUGAUAUCCAGGCACAUUUCCCAUCUUAAUGACAUUAAAUUCUUUUAUAAUUUUCAUGUUUUGAAGGCAUUCUUCAGAGGACACUAUAUAGAUUCCCUAUUUCAUUUUUUGUAUUCACACAAUUUCAUAUGAACUGUUGGGAAAAAAUAGUACAGUGGAAGAGUAUUAAGAAGCUAUAAAUGAAUUAUUUUAUGCAAUAAACAUAAAAAAUGAAUACUUUUUCUUUAGAUGAAAUCCUUAAAUGCCAGCAGAACAUUCCUGUAACUACUUCUUCAGUUUUAUGAUGUCCAUAAGUGGGAAAUAUUUACUGGAAGCCUCUAAUUGUUCUUAAGGGAGUAAAAAUUAUUCAAAAGGUUAAAAUUCAGAAAAAUAAAAAGAUGCAAUGAA